CAGGGUUUUUUUUUGCUGGGCAAGUGAGCGCUUUGAACCGAUGUAGCAGCGGUCUGCCGCUUUCUUUUGACAAAUAAUACUCUACUCUUCCUCCUCAUGGCGCUUCUCAACGUUGCUCAUGAAACCCAAAGAGACGUUUUAUGAUUGCCUCUGAUUCUAAGCAGGCUGCGAGAUGCUGCUGAAGUAGGAAGGGGAAGAUCUGCUCAUUAUAAGGAUUUGCUUUUGUUUUGCUUUGAUAUGUUCCGAGGGAUGUGACCGUUUCACCACCACAGCUCCGGAUCUGCAUACCCAUUUAACGUUAUUUUUGUAAAAAAAAGCUACGCACACUUGUUAAUUCAAAAGUGGCUUCAAUUUCCUAUGAAGUCCCGUCGGUUUGCCCAGAGCGAGAUGUGACUGACAAGACCACAACAUUCACGUCACAGCCGUCGGAUCUUCAAAUCCCAUACUUUACAGAGAAACAAAAGCCGAAGUCUCGACAAGUGAACGGUUUGUAAUAUAAACAGAAAGCUUCACCCAUACCCUGCCAAUCCUUCUGAGCAGCUUCCGAGAUGAAGGCAACGAACAUUUUUCAACUGUGCGUAACACUGUCAUUUGUACGUACUUGCAUCGGACUGAAGUGAGCAUUAUACGCCUGCAAACUGGAAAUAGGUGACAACAUUAAGACUUUACUUACUUCUCAAUUCCACCUGACUACUGUUAAUACCCAUGAUCGGUGCCAAUGUGCAGGCAAUCAGUUCCAGUGAAAAUUAAAGACAUCUUCAACUUCAGUCAGAAAAGGAUGAGUACAGCUUUGGAUGGCAGUUUUUGACAAUUCCUUGACAAGUUAUUCUGUAUGGGCACUAAGGUCAGAUAUUUACAUGUUGAUUCCCUGUGAUGGAUGAAGCUGAUGUAAAUGAGAGUACAAGUGAUCGUGAGCCACAUGAAAUUCCUGGUUUCUCCAUACUUCAGAAGACAGUUCUCAUCACAUUUCUUUCAGCUAUUAUGAUGAUGACUAUUUUGGGAAACCUACUGGUUAUGGUAGCUGUAUGCAAGGACAGACAGCUACGGAAAAUCAAGACCAAUUACUUUAUUGUCUCUUUGGCAUUUGCUGAUCUGCUUGUUUCAGUCAUGGUAAUGCCUUUCGGAGCUAUUGAACUAAUACAGCAAAACUGGAUAUACGGAGAUAGAUUUUGUCUCGUCCGCACUUCACUAGAUGUCCUGCUUACCACCGCGUCUAUUCUUCAUCUGUGCUGUAUUUCUUUAGAUAGGUACUAUGCUAUCUGUUGUCAACCUCUGGUUUACAGGAACAAAAUGACGCCCCUGCGUAUUACAAUAAUGCUCGGGGGUUGUUGGAUUAUCCCAUCUUUUAUUUCAUUCCUACCUAUCAUGCAAGGCUGGAAUAUCAUUGGAAUACAGGAAUUGGUAGAAGAAAGAAAAUCAAGUAAUGACACAAACAUAACAAAAUGUGUUUUCAUGGUGAACAAACCCUUUGCUAUAACGUGUUCAGUUGUAGCAUUUUACAUACCUCUUCUUUUAAUGGUUCUGGCAUACCAAAGGAUAUAUGUGACAGCCAGAGAGCAUGCACGACAAAUUGAAAUGUUAAAACGUGCAGGAACUUCAACAGAUUCUGGGCAACAAGCUGACCAUUCAGGCAACCAUAGAAUGAAAACUGAAACAAAAGCAGCUAAAACCUUGUGUAUUAUUAUGGGAUGUUUUUGUCUCUGCUGGGCUCCAUUUUUCAUCACAAACAUUGUGGACCCAUUUAUAAAUUACUCUGUGCCAGAACAACUGUGGACAGCCUGCUUAUGGCUUGGAUACAUUAAUUCAGGGUUCAAUCCAUUUCUGUACGCUUAUCUGAACAAGUCCUUUAGGCGUGCCUUCCUGCGAAUUCUGUGCUGCGGUGAUCGAUACAGGCGAUCGUCUCUGCUGGGGCAGACAAUACCAUGCUCCGCGGCAACAAUCAAUGGAUCAGCUCAUAUAUUGAGUGGCUGUUCUGCAGUCUCCAAGCUGUUGCUGCAAUUCUGUAGUAGCCCUGAACCUGUGUAGAUCUAAAAAAAACGUACACAGUUUUUCACAACGGCCAUCUUCAGGAGCAUGAGAAUCUGUCUCUACAAACUGACAUUGAGUCGUAGAGGUAUUGCUUUUGAACAGGACUAAGACGCAGAAAACACGGCCUUAACUCAUCACUGGAAUUUUUUUUUCUCUCUCUCUGUUUAAGACCUUCCUCCCACUAAUAAAUACUAAAUAUGUUUACAAUGCCAUUAUACCCAAAAUAAAAGAUUAAUUUGCAUGGUUAGAAUAAAUAUUUUGUAAAUUAUUGUUAGAGUGAAUAAAGUGUGCUCCUCAAGGGAAUUUUUAUGAAUGGCUUCUAAAUUUUAGAACUUAUGUUGUAUUUUUCUGUUACCAUGUGACAGCUGUUUUAAACCAAAUGUUAGAAACAGAUAAUGGACAAAACAAAAUCACCAUCAGCUAUUUACAUAUUACGAAUAAUAGAUCAAAUGCACACAAUCUUUUGGUGUUGAGUUUCUGCUUGUAAAAUGGGAUGUACUAUUUGUAAGCUUUAAAACCAAGUGGUGUAAAUGUGUCUCAAAUGUCUUCAAAACGUGAAGCCUAUUCAAAGCAUUAGAAGUAUUUUACAUUGUGAAAGGAUUUUAAGACAUUGCCUGCUGGAAAAUUGUAGUUCAUUUUGCUCUUAUUGAAGCCAGAGAUGACAGAUAAGUGACUACAGCAAUUGAGUCAUGAGCUUUAACUGUAAUUCCCACAUAUAAUCAGUUAUUGGAAAAUGAAGCAGUGUUUAAUAUAUACCUAGUAGUCACAUACUUCUAGGUGGUAUCUAAAGCAAAUCUGUGUAAAUAGAUUCAUAGUUUUGGUAAAUAUCUUCAACAGAAUCAAUUAGUUAAUUAUGUGGAUCAAAUGUCAUUUUAUAUUAUAUACGGCUUGAAGUAGGAAUGGCUUGACAAAAAUAAAACAAAUGCUUAUGCUAGAUUUUGUUCCAUCACAAGGUAUUGAAUUGUUAAUUCAUUCCAUGUGUAAUGGCUUUAACAAGAUGUUUUCUUUUCAAAUGUUGCUGACGGAUGU